AUGCUGACCGAAUUCGACGAAACAUGUGGAUGCAUCGGUCUUCAGCUGAAUCUGCAAAAGACUAUGUUCAUGCGGAACGGAUGGAUCUCGGAUGCCCCAUUCACGCUCAACGGAACGAACAUAUCCGAAUGCACCAGCUAUGUUUAUCUGAGUCGGGAAUUGAACAUGAUGAACGACCUGACCCCCGAGCUGGGCAAGAGGAGAAGAGCGGCUUGGGGAGCGUACAGGAACAUCGAGGAUGUAGUGAAGAAGACCAGGAACACCCGGCUCCGUGCUCACCCUGUCAACACCACCGUACUUCCUUCUUUGACCUAUGCUUCGGAAACCUGGGCAUUUCGCAAGCAGGAAGAAAACGCGGUGAGCGUCGUUGAACGCGCAAUUGAGAGUGAGAGUGAGAGGAGUAUCCCGUUUCACGCAAGUGAGGGACGGGAUUCGAAGUUCCCUCCUACGUCAGCGAUCGAAGAUUAG